AUGGCGGAAGAUAAGAUCCAUCUAUAUUCAGCCUCCUCUUAUUGUAUCUCUGUUUCACGUUGUUCUGUACGCCAUAGAGUUCUAUCCCUGUGGACAAAGUAUCAGUUAAUUCCAUGGGUGAGCUAUCCCCAACACUAUACCAUCGCAUGGAUUGCGCCACUCGAAAUUGAGGCCAUUGCAGCCACACACAUGCUUGACAAUAAGCAUCAUGGGCGAUUCUCUCUGCAACGUGGUGAUGACUACGUUUUCGUCCCUGGUGAUAUCUGUGGGCAUAAUGUUAUUAUUGCUACCCUACCUGCUGGCCAAGAAUAUGGCAUUGGCUCUGCUGCCGCCCUUGCUAGCCAAGUGAAGAAAUUCUUCCCUAAUCUUUGGUUUGGUCUGCUUGUAGGUAUCGCCGCUGGCCUCCCAACUCUGCAUGGCCCUUCGCCUCGCGACAUCCGACUUGGCGACGUUUUAGUGGCUCUGCCUCCUGAUAGUGACGGUACCGGACUGAUUGCCUAUGACUUGGGCCGAGAGACCACAGAGAGAUUCCAGCUUUUACGUCGCGGCUAUGCCAUGCCCAGGACUGAAGCCAUUGUUAUGUCGGCUAUAGGGACCAUCAAGCGCGAUGCCCCUAAUGAUUUAGCCUUGUUUCUUCCAUACUACAACAAGAUGAAAGACCAGGAACACGCUAAUGGAACAUUUAACGACCCCGGUCAAGAUGCUGAUCGCUAUUACGAGACGGAUCAGACAGGAGCAAUUAAGCUUGCAGAGAGAGAAUGCCGAAAGAUAAGAAGCGGACACGAGUUUGGUAUGGGCCAAUUGGUUCUGGGAUAA